ACUGCCGUGUGGUGCUGCAGCCCUCUGACUCUGGGAAUGGCUACAUCAAUGCCAGUUAUGUGGAUACCUACCGAAGUCCUCGCUUCUUCAUUGCAGCUCAAGGCCCCUUGGCUGGGACAGUGGUGGAUUUCUGGCACAUGGUCUGGCAGGAGAAGACCUCAGUCAUUGUGAUGCUGACGGGCUUAGUGGAGCAGAACAAGAUCAAGUGUGAGCAGUACUGGCCAGAGCAGGAGCAGGUCUACGGCGACUUCACCGUGACACUCAACAACACCUGGACCACCACAGGCCUUGUCAAACGCAUCUUCUGCCUGCAGAAGGCGGGCUGUGCUCUCCCAAGAGCAGUGGAGCAGUUUCACUACCUGCUGUGGCCGGACCACGGGGUGCCCAGGAACGCGUCGCAGCUGCUGUGCUUGGUGGAGGUGGUGAACAAGAGGGUGUUGGAAGCACCUGCUGGACCCGUGCUGGUGCACUGCAGUGCCGGGAUCGGGCGCACGGGCACCUUCAUCGCCCUGGACUUCCUCCUGAAGAUGGGCAAGGCUGAGGGGAAGGUGGAUGUGUUUCACUGCGUGCAGCAGCUGCGGGAGCAGCGGGUCGGCAUGGUGCAGACCAAGGAGCAGUACAGCUUCCUGUACGAGGCACUUCUCGAAGGCUUGCUCUGCGGCAACACUGCGGUCCCAGUGGAGAGCAUCACCCCCCUUGUCCACUCCCUUCGAGAAGAUGAGACCACAGGCCACCGCAGAGUCCUAGAGAAGGAGUUCAAGGCCCUGCAGAGAUUUUCUGAGUUGUUCCAGCUCCUGCCGUGCAGAGAAGCAGAGAACCCCAGAAACCAACCCAAGAACCGCAAGCCGGGGAUCCUACCAGCGGAUUCCUGCCGGCCCAUCCUGAUGUCCUCGGUGAACGCAGACGGCUCUCCAGCCUACAUCAACGCCGUGUUCGCCAGCGUAAGGCUCCGGCCGCCGCCGGACGGGAGCGGCUCCGGGCAGCGGGGACCCUCCUGCGCUGCCCUGCUCACGGCCAGGCAGAGCAUCCCGCCCGGGCUGAGGUGUCGCAGCCCUGGGGCUCCUGGCAGUGGCUGCUGGCCCUGCUGCCAGGAGAUGGCCCCCGCGAUCGGCGGAGCCCUGCCUGUGCCGGCAGCGCAGCAGCGUGUGCCGGACACAGCCCGUGGGAGCUGAGCCCGGGCUGAGCAGCUGAGGGGGCAGCGGGGAGAAAACCUGAGCUGCUCUGGGCA